UUUAUUUACAGGUGUGGAAAUGUGAACUUCGCUAGGAGAACAAGCUGUAACAGAUGUGGUCGAGAGAAAACAACUGAGGCCAAGAUGAUGAAAGCUGGGGGCACAGAAAUAGGAAAGACACUGGCAGAGAAGAGCCGGGGCUUGUUUAGUGCGAAUGACUGGCAGUGCAAAACUUGCAGUAAUGUGAAUUGGGCCAGAAGAUCGGAGUGUAACAUGUGUAAUACUCCAAAGUAUGCUAAGCUAGAAGAAAGAACAGGAUAUGGCGGUGGUUUUAAUGAAAGAGAAAAUGUUGAAUACAUAGAAAGAGAAGAGUCUGAUGGGGAGUAUGAUGAGUUUGGACGUAAAAAGAAAAAAUACAGGGGGAAGGCAGUUGGUCCUGCAUCUAUAUUAAAGGAAGUCGAAGAUAAAGAGUCAGAGGGAGAAGAAGAGGAUGAGGAUGAAGAUCUGUCUAAGUAUAAGCUGGAUGAGGAUGAGGAUGAAGAUGAUGCUGAUCUCUCAAAAUAUAAUCUUGAUGCCAGUGAAGAAGAAGAUAGUAACAAAAAGAAAGCCAAUAGGCGGAGUCGCUCAAAGUCUCGAUCAUCUCACUCGAGAUCUUCAUCACGCUCAUCCUCCCCUUCAAGUUCAAGGUCCAGGUCCAGGUCCCGUUCAAGAAGCUCUUCCAGCUCGCAGUCAAGGUCUCACUCCGGUUCCAGAGAACAUUCCAGAUCUCGUGGUUCGAAAUCAAGAUCCAGCUCCAGGUCCCACAGGGGCUCUUCCUCCCCAAGAAAAAGAUCUUACUCGAGUUCUUCAUCAUCUCCUGAGAGAGACAGGAAGAGGAGUCGCUCUAGACCUUCUUCACCCGCUGUUCGCAAAAAAAGACGAACGAGAUCACGGUCACCCGAAAGGCACCACAGGUCGUCUUCUGGAUCAACUCAUUCUGGUUCCCGUUCAAGUUCAAAAAAGAAAUAAUGUAUUAAAAUUUACAUCUUUAAAAAACAUUGAAUACAGUGCAUGAAGCAUAUUUUUUAGGAAGUUGAUGUCUCAUUUGGUCAGAAGUGCUACUACAUCUGCUAGUAGAGGUGCAUGCCUUUAUUGCUUUUCAAAACAGUAAACUGUGUUUAUUUGUGAAAUUGAAGUAAAUUGCAUUUUAAGCCAUACUGUUCCCCAGACAGAUGCUCUCUAUUCAUUAUUUACAACCAUUCGCUUCGUUUAAAAACAGCUGUAACAGAGUACUUUGUUUCUUUGUCCUUUUCAUUUCUAAAUGUCCUAUUGACCGAGACAAGGUUGCCUGGGCUUGCCUGGACGCCAGACACGUGGGCAGGCAAGGCUAAUAAACUUGUUGGAAUAACCAAUUCAUGUUCAUAUGGGAGGAGUGGUCAACCUGGUUAUGUUUACUUAUGCCGGUAAUUUCUUAUCAGAAAUUAACUACAUCGCAAAGCUGACAACCGGGAACUUUGAGUUCUCUCUACUGAGGGUGCCUUAGAAUCCUUAUCUCUGCCAGCUCUGCACCACUUUUAAUGCAGGAGGAUAUUAGCAUUCUCAGAGGAGUAGGUUAUCCAUCUUGAUUCAGAAUGUCUCUGAAAUAAAAGUUUAAGAAAUAUGGAUAUUUUUAAAAUCUAGUUAACAAACACUGUGCUUGAUUGAUAAAGGUUUAAAAAAGGCCAAAUCAUAGUUAAUGAGCAAAUUGAAGAAAGCUUUUGAAGCCUGUUUCUCAGUGACAGGCUGACAGACGUGAUUUGCCUUGAGAUGUCUGAUUUUUUUUUUCAAUACUGUAGAUAUCUAAGUAACAGAAUUCUUAUUUCUGCUUGAUUUAAGGAAAAUUUUUUUAUCACCUGAAAAAACAUAUGGCUUAAAAUGCUUUCAGAGUUUUAUUUCUAAAAUUAAAAUCUGGUCACUUGAGAUCCAUUUUGUUCUCUGGUUUAAAAGUUAAAAGGUUUCUCCUAACAAGUCUCUCCCGCAGCAAACAAGGUAAGUAUACAAGGGACCAGCAGUUGUGCUGGAGCUCCUUGUUACAGGAAUUGUGUUUCCUGUUUUCCCCUCCUUUAGUAUUGUCUGCUGCAGUUUAAAUAAGUAAAGCAUUCUAAGAUGUUUAGAGACAGAUGAAACAAAAUGUUUUUAUUUUAAAGUGAGUGUUUUUCACCUCAAUUGAUCUAAAGAUAAAAACAGAAUAUCGUAUGUAGAAAUAUUUUCGUAAUAUUUUUACAAGAUUUCCUGUGUUUUUUGUCUUAUUUUCCUUGCUGCAUUUACUGUAGGUUGCACACGAGCUCUUACUCUCUUGUAAUUGUGCCUCAGACUUCUCAAAAGUCGACUUUCUCAGUUGCCCAGAUCUUCUAGAUCGACGUGUUAGCCUUCGUUUGUUCUUGUGCUUUCUGUAUUUAAAACUUGGGCUGUACUAGGCAGAUACAAGAUUAUAAAUUUAGCUAAUAGGAGUUUACAAGCAAACAGUUGAGAUGAUUAUGAUUUGAUUUGGUUUAAUUGAGCUGUACUAGUUCAUUUCAUAGGGAAAUGAUAAUGUAGACAAAUGUAAAUAAAAUCUGUGAGUCAAGCAUCAAGUGUUGGUUAUUAGAAAUAAACUAGAAAAUUUUAA